GAUUCUCACCCGUUAAAAGUUCUAUAUUUCAGAUGGUUUUGAACGACAACAUUAAUACUGUAAAAACCGUGUAAAAACAGUAGCACGGACUGUUGACUAACUUCGGAAAAUAUCUCAUCCAACGGACUUAAAGGUGAAAUAUCAUCUAAAGGACGCCUUAAAAAUGGCCAAUACCGACAGCGAAGAUGAAAACACUGCCGGCACCAACAAGCUGAAGAACUGCUGGUAUUAUAUGCAGGUUAACAAGUUUCUGUUUCAAAGUCUGGCAGCUGUUGGUUUCGGUGUUGCCCUCGGCCUUAUUGUGAAGGUGUUUGUGCGCGUGACAGAGCUCCAGAAGAUGUACAUCGGUUUCCCGGGAGAAAUACUCAUGCGGAUGCUUCAAGUGAUUGCGGUUCCUCUCAUUGUGACGAGCGUGAUAACAGGCGUUUCUGGUUUAAGUGUUGAAACCUCCAGGAAAAUCGGCACCCGUGCAGCAAUUUAUAUCGUCGGCACCACAUUUAUUUCUGUGUUGAUAGGAAUGGCUUUGGUCAUUAUAAUCCAACCGGGAGCUGCUUAUGCCGUCAGAAUUACUGACGAGGAAGAGGACGUCUUCUCGACUGCCGAUGCCUUGCUGGAUCUAGUAAGAAACAUGGCCCCAGAAAACCUGAUCCAGGCUUGCUUCCAGCAGUACAAGACUGAACACGUUGAAGAACAACUUGAACAUGAGGGAAAUUUGACCCUUGCGAUGAAUACGACACAACCAGCGCAGAAGGGCCAUUACAUUGAAGGGACCAACAUGCUGGGCUUGAUCGUUUGGUCUUUCAUUUUUGGCCUCGCCCUCAACGCGAUUGGAGAGAAAGGGAGCGCCCUCGUGGAGGUUCUCACCGUCCUCAACGAGGCCACAAAGGCCGUGGUCAAUUUGAUACUGGGCUACCUGCCACUGGGGGUGCUGUUCUUGGUUGCAAGCAACGUAGUUGAGGUCCAUGACUGGGAAACCACCUACAGGCUUGGGAAGUUCAUGUUAGUGGUUGUAACUGGGCUCAUUUUGCAGGCUUUAAUUGUUCUGCCACUGAUCUACUUUUUGUUUGUGAGACAAAACCCUUAUGCAGUCAUGAAAGGUGCCUCACCUGCCUUACUGACUGCGGUGCUCAUCUCCUCCAGCGCUGCCACGCUGCCGCUCACGUUCCGCUGCUGUGAGGAAAGGCUGCACAUCGACAGGCGAAUCACCCGCUUCAUGCUGCCCAUCGCGACCAACAUCAACAUGACGGGAACGUCCCUCUACGAGGUGGUCGCAACCAUCUUCGUCGCCCAGCUCAACGAUAUAUUUCUGGACUUGACCCAGUUAAUUACUAUUUCCGUGAUGUCAGCAGUCACCAGCAUCGGAGCAGCCGGGAUCCCAGCUACCGGGGCAGUGACCACUCUGUUCGUGUUGACUGCCGUCGGCAUACCCGCGAAGGAGGCCUCCAUCCUGGUGGUCAUAGAGUGGCUGCUCGACCGCUGCAAUACUGUGGUCAACGUCCUGGGAGACUGCAUGGGCGUGGCCCUCGUCUAUCAGCUGUCACGUAAAGAACUGGAGACGGGCGAGCCUGAUGUCGUCUCCCCGAGCCAGAUCCACGUUGACAUCAGCAGCCUGGGCUCCAUUGAGGGAACCCUCCAGACCGCUGAAGAGCCCUCACACCAGGACAGUGAUGACGACUAUUUGUAACACACACAACAGUGUGAACAAAUUGUUCAAGUUUGUUUUUUACAUUACCUGUUUGAAAUAAAGCUUUCAUUCAAUCAUC